AGAAUUCACUUCAAACGAACUCGACAGCAUUUUAUCAGCAACUCGUUUCCACGCACAACCUCGCAGUAUACGUGAGCACAUCUCCUGCUUUCCAGUCAACAGCCCAUCUACUUUCAUCUGAUCAACCAGAUAUAUUCACCAUGUCUUGCUGCAGCGACCUCCCUCCCGUCCAGGCUGAAUACACCCCCAAGGGUACCUACACUACCUUCUCUGGCCUCAAGACCUAUGUCGUUGGUCCUGAAGACGCCAAGGCUGCCGUCCUCUACACCUACGAUGUCUUUGGCUUCUCCCCCCAGAUCCUCCAGGGUGCCGACCUCAUUGCCUCCCAAGGCUACCGCGUCGUCAUGCCCGACUUCCUCGUCGGCAAGUACGCUACUCCCGAACUCUUUGGCCCCGACGCCGAAGCCAAGAGGAACGAAUACUUUUCCCAGUUCCCCGGUGCUAUCCCCACCCAGUCUAAACCUUUGGCCGACUCUAUCGCUGCUUUGAAGGCUGCUGGCCACAGCAGGGUCGCUAUUCUUGGUGCUUGCUGGGGUUACAAGGCUGCUGUGAUUACUGAGGGUCUUGCUGGUGUUGAUGUGUUCCUUGCUAUCCACCCUACUUUCCCUGCCCCCGAGGACGCCGAGAAGAUCAACGUCCCUGCCCUCAUCCUCUCUACCGGUGGCGAAGACAAGUCUGUUAUCGACGCCAUCGAGAAGGGUGUCGAGGCCAAGAACCCCGGCAAGAACUUCUUCAAGCACUACGCCGACCAGGUGCACGGUUUCGCUGCUGCCCGUGCUGAUCUCUCUGGUGGUGACACCCUCGCGGCCUACGUGGAGGCUUACCAGCUCAUUGUCAAGUUCUUGAAGGAGCACCUCUAAGAGAACGGUGACUUGUUAGAAGUAAUAGAUAGUGUCAUGCAUGCACUGUCAUAGAG